CACGGAAGUAGAUUUGAAGACGACACUUCUUGUGUGGGGUCAAGACAUACUGACUGAGCUGAAUAAGUUACUCAACUGAAAAUGUCUAAACUACAGAUGUUGCGUGUGUUUUUGAAUGAGCGUUUAACGGCGGCUGCUGUGGAGAUUUUCGGUGCAGUUGAGAAAACGGUAGUGGAGUACCAGGAGGAGAAUGAUCGGCUACGGAGACUGCUGCGGAUCACACCGGAGAUACAACUAUGUAGAAGAGACUCCCUGCAGGUCUCUGUUUCUGAAAAGGGGGUUCCCCCUGAGCAGCAGCACUGUGAGCAGGAGUGGAGUCCCAGUCUGGGACAGAAGAACCCAGAGACCAAACAGAUUAAAGAGGAACAGGAGGAAGUCAGGACCAGUCAGGAGGAAGAGCAGCUUCAAGGGUUCUUUGAUACCAAAGACUCCAUUUUCACUACUUCCUGUGUGAAAAGUGAAUGUGAUCUGGAGAACCCAUGUCAAGAAGCCGUACUAGCUCAACACCCAACUCUCAGUCCACUGAAAACGUCUAAACUACAGUUGUUGAGUGUGUUGUUAAAUGAAUGUUUAACGGCAUCUGCUGCUGUGGAGAUUUUUGGUGCGAUUGAGAAAACUGUAGCAGAGUACCAGGAGGAGAAUGAUCGGCUACGGAGACUGCUGCGGAGGACACCAGAGAUACAACUAUGUAGAAUAGACUCCCUGCAGGUCUCUGUCUCUGAAGAGGAGGUUCCCCCUGAGCAGCAGCACUGUGAGCAGGAGUGGAGCCCCAGUCUGGGGCAGGAGGACCCAGAGACCAAACAGAUUAAAGAGGAACAGGAGGAAGUCAGGACCAGUCAGGAGGAAGAGCAGCUUCAAGGGCUCUUUGAUACCAAAGACUCCAUAUUCACUCCUUCCUGUGUGAAAAGUGAAUGUGAUCUGGAGAACCCAUGUCAAGAAGUCAUAUUAGCUGAACACCCAACUCUCAGUCCACUGAAAACGUCUAAACUACAGUUGUUGAGUGUGUUGUUAAAUGAAUGUUUAACGGCAUCUGCUGCUGUGGAGAUUUUUGGUGCGAUUGAGAAAACUGUAGCAGAGUACCAGGAGGAGAAUGAUCUGCUACGGAGACUGCUGCGGAGGACACCAGAGAUACAACUAUGUAGAAUAGACUGCCUGCAGCUCUCUGUCUCUGAAGAGGAGGUUCCCCCUGAGCAGCAGCACUGUGAGCAGGAGUGGAGCCCCAGUCUGGGGCAGGAGGACCCAGAGACCAAACAGAUUAAAGAGGAACAGGAGGAAGUCAGGACCAGUCAGGAGGAAGAGCAGCUUCAAGGGCUCUUUGUUACCAAAGACUCCAUAUUCACUCCUUCCUGUGUGAAAAGUGAAUGUGAUCAGGAGGACCCACUUCAGUCCUUGACUCUUCCCCAAACCCAGAAUGUGGAGAACAGAGAGAGAGACUCUAAACCAGUGAAACUCACACCUUUUGUCACUGUGACCCACAUUAAGGGUCUCAACAUUCCCUGUGACCCUCCAGGUAAUCAAAACAAUGCCUACAGACACAGUUCAGCUGUAAGCAGCUACACAGUAGGACUUGACAGCAGCCCACCAUUGGAUCCCAGUCCACCAUUGGAUCCCAGUCCACCAUUGGAUCCCAGUCCACCAUUAGAUCCCAGCCCACCAUUGGAUCCCAGUCCACCAUUGGAUCCCAGUCCACCAUUGGAUCCCAGUCCACCAUUGGAUCCCAGUCCACCAUUGGAUCCCAACCCACCAAUGGGGGAACACUGUUCCAAACCCAGCACCACAUCUAGAAAAACUAGCCACUGCUGUGACUGUGGUGAAACAUUUGCUCUGAAAGCUGACCUGCAGAGGCAUAUGACUCUCACCAAGAAGAGACUCAGUGAAUGCAGCUUCGGCAAUAAACACUACAACUCCACCUGUAAACUGAAGGCCCAUGUCCGACUCUGUCAUGGUGGUAAACCCUGUAUCUGCCCUGUUUGUAGAAAGACCUUCAAAUACAAAGGAGAUCUGUCCAGGCACAUGAGUAUUCACAAAGGAGAGAAACCAUUUAGCUGUGGUGACUGUGGGAAAAGCUUCAGUCAGAAGGGGAACCUAACUGAACAUGUACUGAUUCACACAGGAGAGAAACCAUUUAGCUGUGGUGACUGCGGGAAAAGCUUCAGUCAGAGGGGACACCUUACUGUUCACAAACUGACUCACACAGGUGAGAAACCUUUUACCUGUGGAGACUGCGGGAAAAGUUUUAGUCAGAAGGGGAACCUAAGCAUUCAUAAACUGACACACACGGGAGAGAAACCUUUUACCUGUGGAGACUGCGGGAAAAGCUUUGGGCUCAAGCGGCACCUAACCAUGCAUAAACUGACUCACACAGGAGAGAAACCGUUUAGCUGUGGAGACUGUGGGAAAAGCUUUAAUCGCAAGGAGGUCUUAACCAUGCAUAUACGGACUCACACAGGUGAGAAACCAUUUAUCUGUGGUGACUGUGGGAAAAGCUACAGGCAUAAAGGGUCCCUUAAGAUACAUAUAUUUUCUCACACUGGAGAGAAACUUUUUACCUGCGGUGACUGUGGGAAAAGCUUCAAUAAGAGGGGGAACCUAAACAUGCAUUUACGGACUCACACAGGAGAGAAACCGUUUAGCUGUGGAGACUGUGGGAAAAGCUUCAAUCAAAGGGGGAACCUAACCACGCAUAUACGGACUCACAGCAGAGAUAAUUCCUUUCGCUGUGGUGACUGUGGGGAAAACUUUGAUGAGAAGGGACACCUAACUGAACAUAUACGGACUCACACAGGAGAGAAACCAUACAGGUGUGGUGACUGUGGGAAAAGCUUCAUUCAGAAGGCGGACCUAAGGAGGCAUAUACUGAUUCACACAGGAGAGAAACCACAUGGCUGCUCCGUCUGUGGUAAAGGAUUCACUCAUAAAUCUCAUCUGCUGAGGCAUGUGGAUAAAAUCCACAAAGGAAGAAUACAGGACAGAAACUGAAAGAGGAAAGAACAUUAGGACAAAGAGAUUAUCUGUCAGGUAAGUGAAUAAAAAGGCAGGAUGUGGACAAAUCUCUUAGGAAGCAACAGUGAUAUGGCCCUCAUCAAAUAUGCAGACGACAUGGCUCUGGUUGCUUGCCUGGAGGUCAAGGCCAUCUCCAGCUACUCCCAGUCCAUUGACUGCCUCUUGAUGUGGUUUGACAGUAGCUUUCUUGACCUCAACGUCACCAAGAAUAAAAAAAACUGUGCCUUGGAGGAAAGAAAGUUGGGAAAUGGAAGCCCUUCUCUCGAGCUUGUCACUAUGGAAGGAUGUGGAGCAAGUCACACAUUUUAAAUACUUGGGGACAAUUUUCGACCACAAACUUCCAGUAAAACACUGACCUCAUCUACAAAAAGGCAAGGCCGUUUCUUUCCCUACUUAAGAUACUAUGACGUUUUAAUGCAAGCAAACUCACACGAAUCGUGGUACACAAAUACCAGAUUGAGUGUUCUCAAUUACAGUUCUGGUACCUCUCAGUGAUGUUUAAUUGUUUGUUUCAUUUUGACAUGUAAAUGUUUAAUGUGUUUUAUGUCUGUUUUCAUACUUUGAUUAUAACUCAGAGUGCCAACGACACAUUUGCAUUCAGUUUCAACUUAAUGGACAAUAAAGUUUGUCUCGUUAUUUUAAAGCUUAAAGCUCUUAACUCUGGAUCAUUCAUGCUUUGGGUUACAGAAAUAUAUAUGUGCGAUCGAUUGACUUUUGCAAAACAUUGUAUGUAAAUCAAAUUUGACAGUAAGUAAUUCCACACAAAGUCCAAAUGAAAUUCGACUUCCACUUUUAUGCCAACUCCUCCGAAAAGAGAUAUAUAUAUAUAUUAUAUUAUAUGAGGUUGGACACCACCCUUGGAGCAGUUGUUGUGGGGUGGUUAAGUGCCUUGCUCAAGGGCACAACAGCAUCUAUGUUUAAAAAAUAUAUAUAUUUCCUCUGAAAGCUGACCUGCAGAGACAUGUGACUCUCCCCAAGAAGAGACUCAGUGGAUGCAGCUUCGGCAAUAAACACUACAACUCCACCUGUAAACUGAAUGUCUAUGUCCGUAUCUGUCACCGUGGGAAACCCUGUAUCUGCCCUGUUCGUGGCAAGACCUUCAAAACACAAAGGAGAUCUGUCCAAUCACAUGAGGAUUCACACAGGAGAGAAAAUAUUUAGCUGUGGUGACUGUGGGAAAAGCUUCAGUCGCUAGGGGAAGCAUAAACUGACUCACAUAGGAGAUAAACAACAUGGAUGCUCAGUCUGUGGUAAAAUAUUCAAUUGUAAGGCUCAUCUGCUGAAGAAUGUAAAUUACGUCCACAAAGAAAGAAAUCAGGACAAAUACAUAUUUUGUCAGAAGAUGGGUGUCGCCUGUUUGAAUUAGUCUUUGAUUAGAAACCAGAAGUGUUUUGGCCCUCCAGGACGGACACAGGCGGUUCUAUUAAUCUGGCCCGGGCGCCCGUGUAGGUGUUUUACACCGAGUGAAAGUUGACUGUAUUGGUUUUGUAACCGGGCUGCCUCCCCUGUGUGACCCAGGUGCCCCGAUCAAAGCCCACGGGCGAAGCUCAAAGCAAAGUGAUGUAGAAGCACAUGGAAUAAUGAGUAGGAUUCUGUGUUUUCAUAUUGCAAAAGUCAUUUAUUUUCUUAUCUGCCAAUGAAAUAAAGUUGAUUAUUCUAACAUUUAUUUGAUGGAAAAGAGAUGUUUCUGUUUCUGAACAACGCACCAUUCUGCCUUGUUCACAACAUGACUGAGCAGCACAGAUUACUGUUCCAUUUGAGAAGGGAUCUCCACCCACCCCACUUUCGACCUGAUGACGUAACGGCAUGUGCCCCGUGGCUCAGCAUAACUGAAUCCUGCCCAUUGAACAGCCCUGGUGUACAGUACAAUGACAUGCGUACCUCUUGGUUCACCUCUUGACAACAAUAA